CGCAGACGCGCUGCCCAGGAGAGGGCGGGCCCGGCGGGUCGCGGGGCGGGGCCGGGGUCCAAACUCGGGCCCGCCUCCGCCUCCGCCAGCGCUGGUGAGCCGCCGAGUGCUAGGCACCGGGCUGUUUUGGGGGCUCCAGUCAGAGGCGCCGCCCUAGAGAUCCUGGGCCGGUGCCGGGCGCAGCUGCCUCUCCACAUUUGCCUGUCCGUCUUUGUGUCUGUUUCUGUGUCUGUCUGGCUGUCUCAGGGUUUGCCUUCGCUUCCAGAACUAAGCCACCCAGACACCCACAUCCCGAAAACCCCAACCUCCUCCCAUGGCAGGCUACUUGCCCCCCAAAGGCUACGCCCCUUCGCCCCCACCUCCCUACCCUGUGACCACUGGGUACCCAGAGCCGGCACUACAUCCUGGGCCCGGGCAGGCGCCAGUGCCCGCCCAGGUACCUGCCCCAGCUCCCGGCUUCGCCCUCUUCCCCUCGCCCGGCCCCGUGGCCUCGGGAUCUGCUGCCCCCUUCUUGCCAGUGCCAGGGGUGCCUUCUGGCCUCGAAUUCCUGGUGCAGAUUGAUCAGAUUUUGAUUCAUCAGAAGGCUGAGCGAGUGGAAACGUUCCUAGGCUGGGAGACCUGUAACCGGUAUGAACUGAGCUCUGGAGCCGGGCAGCCCCUGGGUCAGGCGGCCGAGGAGAGCAACUGCUGCGCCCGUCUGUGCUGUGGCGCCCGCCGGCCGCUGCGUGUUCGCCUGGCGGACUCCGGGGACCGCGAGGUGCUGCGUUUGCUCCGCCCGCUGCACUGUGGCUGCAGCUGCUGCCCCUGUGGCCUCCAGGAGAUGGAAGUCCAGGCUCCACCAGGCACCACUAUCGGCCACGUGGUACAGACCUGGCAUCCCUUCCUCCCCAAGUUCUCCAUCCAGGAUGCGGAUCGCCAGACAGUCUUGCGAGUGGUGGGGCCCUGCUGGACCUGUGGCUGUGGCACAGACACCAACUUUGAGGUGAAGACACGGGAUGAAUCCCGCAGUGUGGGCCGCAUCAGCAAGCAGUGGGGGGGCCUGGUCCGAGAAGCCCUCACGGAUGCAGAUGACUUUGGCCUACAGUUCCCACUGGACUUGGAUGUGAGGGUGAAGGCUGUGCUGCUGGGAGCCACAUUCCUCAUUGACUACAUGUUCUUCGAGAAGCGAGGAGGCGCUGGGCCCUCUGCCGUCACCAGUUAGAGGCCACCAUGGUGUGAGGAGACCAUCGCCUCAGCCAGAACUCCAGAUGGUCGCCUGCCCUGGCCCUCCUCUGGGCAGCCCCUUUCCUCCAUGUACACUGCAGGGGACAGAAGGUGGCCCCCAUCCCUACCCUACUCCCUGGCCUCCUGCCCCUGUGGUCCCCAAGGAGGGGCAGCCCUUCUCCUGCUACCUUCUACCACUGUCCCAGCAGUCCCUCAGCACACAGGCAUAACAGCUGUCAAACUUUCCCUACGUACUUCCUCCCACCCCCUUUCAGGGCCUCUGCUCCAAAGGAGGCCUCUGGAACCCAGGACUCUGGGGUUUUAUAAGAGGGCUGGGGUGGGGAAGGGCAAGCUGCACCAAAGACGGUGGAUAUAGCCACCCCCACCCCUGCAUCUGCUCAGCCAAUUAGUUCAGCCUCAGACCUUGGCACUCAAUGGGGUCUCCACCUCCCCAACAGUAGCUGCAGGGGACCCCAGUGCCAACUUCCUCACCCACUAGGGCCCUGCCCUCAGCUGGUGCUUGCUGCGUUUCCUGUGCCUUAUUUAACCGCCUUUCCUUCCCUUGCCCUAAGAAAAAGGCUGCAUCUUUAUAUGUUACAUUCAUAUAAACUUUGUAACUUUUUGGACAUUG